AUGGGUACCGCCGGUUAUGGGAUGUUUUUUAUGUUUGGCUGCUUCUGUCUCUCUAUGGGCCUGUUCGCCUGGUUUUUUAUUCCUGAGACAAAGGGACUUAGUCUUGAGAAGAUGGAUGAGCUAUUUGGCUCCACUCCCUUAACGCCAGGAAAGAGUGAUGCGGAAAUGGCUUCUGGAACUGCGGAUCGACCCAGUAGUAUCUACGAGGUAAAUUCGGGCAAGUCUUGA